ACUUUGAUAAAUAAAAGUCUCUGUGCACUAUUUAUGCGCCAGUUCAGUUGUCAGCUGAUGACUCCUGUUGUUUUAGCUGUCAUGCCUAAAGCUGCUCGACUCAGCUGCAUUGCAUUGCUUUGACUGAUUGAUAAUAGGAAGCUAAUAUGUGUCGCACAGCUUCAGGUUUUAUUUCUUGAAGGUCAGAGGAGUAAUGCUGAUAGGACCUGAAUGGCAUAUGUCAAAUUUUCAGGUGCAAAGCUUGCAGUAAAGUCUAUUGACUGGACAUGGAGGACUAUCACAGCAUCUGUGCCACAACUACACUAUGAGGGAACCACAGUCACAGAACCAACACAAAUUCUAAACUUCCUACGAAAACAGAGAUUCAAUGCCGACUUUGAGUUGACAGCUAAGCAAGGUGCAGAUACAAUGGCUUAUAUCGCCCUCCUGGAGGAAAAGCUUCGGCCAGCUCUGCUGCACACAUUCUGGGUGGACGCAGAGAACUAUGCUAAUCUGACCCGACCCUGGUUUACGUCACAUUCCCCGUUCCCCCUUAACUUCUUUGUACCGGGUCGACAGGCCAGCUUGGCUCUGUCCCGCAUCUUACUGACCAAAGCAGAGUCGCCAUUGCUGAACAUCACAGAAGUAGAGGGAAAGAUCUACAGUGAAGCCAAAGAGUGCCUGAAUUUGCUCUCCCACAGACUUGGGAACUUCCAUUUCUUCUUUGGAGACACGCCUACAAGCCUGGACGCCUUUGUGUUUGGCCAUAUCGCCCCUCUAAUUAAAGCCCCUCUGCCCAGUGGGCAGCUUCAGAAGCACCUGAACCAACUUGAUAACCUCUGUCAGUUCUGCAACGCCAUCCUUAAAAACUACUUUACCGAUCCCCCUGCUGAGAAGAGAAUGGACUGCUCACCAACGGCUAACCAUGAUCCUGUCGAUGCAAACCUCCAGAAACUGACACAACUUGUUAACAAAGAGUCCAACCUUAUUGAAAAGAUGGAUGACAAUCUUCGCAGCAGUCCGCAGCACAGACCGCACAGACAUGAGACCAAACCCUUGGCCCUGGCCGGCGAGAGGAUCUCCACCCCUCCCUGAUAAACAAAGCACACACUUUACCCUCAUUUAUUUAUUUUCCAUUGAAACUGAAAUAUUUCCAAAUGUUAUUUAUAAUUUAACAUUCUUGUGCAGUCAUAAUAAAUGAAUACUAGCUUUUCAUAAUGAAGUUGUUGAAAUGUGUUACACAAACUAACGCUCAAACCACCAACAACAUACAGUAAAGGGCUUGUUAAAUCUGUUGUAUUUAAAAAUCACUAACACAUAUAAACAUUAAUCUGACAUUUGGUGACUUAAGAUACAAAUGCCAUAGUUUAAAAGAAAAGUGAGUCGCAUUUUCCAGGAUAAGUUUUCCUAGCGGUCAUAGGCUUUUCACACAUCAUUGUAUAUGAACUUUGAAUGCACUAGCUGGCUUUCCAAAUAGAAAAGGUUUUGUGUGUGUUUAUUUAUAUUUUUCAAUCCUGCCCCAGCACAAGUACAGGUACAUUAAAAGCUUUAUUCAGCUUUUAUUCCAAGGCUUCAUCAUAAAGUUGUUUAUAAUGAUCAAAUUAGGAGUUUAAAUGUUGAUAUCUUUAAGGUUCAUAACAGUUUAGUUUUAGUGCACAUGGCAGGUUAACUGUCACAUACUGUAGUAAGCAUUGUGCCUCUUUACAGUAUAAUUAUCUCAUUUUAACAGAUCUUUCUAUUGAUUUCACUUGAUUGUGUAACUUUCCACAUUCUUUUGGGGCGAAGGGAUCUUUCUUGACAUCUGAUUUUGUGUACUGUGUAUACAUUUAUAGUUCUUCAUAUUCUUCUGGAGGUUUUAUACAUGCAAGGAAUGCCUAAAAAGCCUUAUUGCUUAAAAAUGUAAUGUCAUUCAUUCUUUCAAGAAAUUGUAUAUUUCAAAAUAUAUCAAUGUAUAGCAAAUAUAUGUACAUACAUGCAAUAAAGGGAAGAUCUUUGAACUAUA